UGAUCGGAGGCUUCCGUUCUUGCAGAGCUUCGUGAUGGCGCGGCGAGGCGCGCUUGCCGGCGUCGGCCUACUGGCUUGCUGCCUCUGUUGGUGCGUCGUCGUGCAGCCGGCGUUGGCCACCUGCGCCGGCGGCGGAGGGAGGAGGUACGACGCGAUGUUCGUCUUCGGGGACUCGCUGGCGGACACGGGGAACAUCUGCGUGAACAAGUCGGCGGCGGCGACGCUGCUGCUGACGUUCGCGCAGCCGCCGUACGGGAUGACCUACUUCGGCCACCCCACCUGCCGCUGCUCCGACGGCCGCCUCGUCGUCGACUUCCUCGCGGAGGAGCUGGGGCUGCCGCUGCUGCCGCCGUCGAAGCGGAGCGGCGGCGACUUCCGGCGCGGCGCCAACAUGGCCAUCGUCGGCGCCACCGCCCUCGACUUCGACUUCCUCAAGUCCAUCGGCCUCGGCUACCCAAUCUGGAACAACGGCGCCAUGAACGUCCAGCUCCAGUGGUUCCGCCGCCUUCUCCCCUCCAUCUGCGGCGCACCACAGAGUUGCAGAGCUCACUUGUCCAAGUCACUCUUCGUGUUUGGCUCGCUCGGCGGCAACGACUACAACGCCAUGCUCUUCUUCGGCUUCACCGUCGACCAGGCCAAAAACUACACGCCCAAGAUCGUCGACGCCAUCGCCACCGGCGUCGAGAAGCUCGUGGCUAUGGGCGCGGCGGAGAUCGUCGUCCCGGGGGUGAUGCCGGUGGGGUGCUUCCCGGUCUACCUGGCGAUUCUCCCGAGCAGCAACAAGGCAGACUACGACGAGUUAGGCUGCCUGCGGCCGCUCAACGCGCUGUCCGUCUACCACAACGCGCUGCUGCAGAGCAGGAUCGCCGGACUCCAGGCCAGGUACAUCAGGUCGUCGCCGCCGGCGAGGAUCAUGUACGCCGACUACUACACCCUCGUCGCCCAGAUGCUGCACACGCCGGCGCGCUUCGGGUUCAGGAGCGGCAUCACGGCGUGCUGCGGCGCCGGCGGCGGGGAGUACAACUACGAGUUCGACGCACGGUGCGGCAUGAAGGGCGCGGCGGCGUGCCCUGUCCCGUCGAGCCACGUGUGCUGGGACGGCGCCCACACGACGGAGGCGGCGAACCGGCUCAUCGCCGGCGGCUGGCUCAGGGGGCCCUACUGCCACCCUCCCAUUCUGCACUAGAUCAUCAACUGCGAACUCCACGCGCACCAUGGAUGCAUCAAACCAAGAAAACGCCAUGCUAUAUAUCUACGCUUAAUAAUCAAUUAAU